GUUUACUCGAGACUGGAGUUCGAAGGUUGUGCAUCCAUUUCUAAAAGUCUUCUAGUCCCUCCAUCCACUUUGCCUGCGUCCAUCAUGGCAUCCACCGAUGAUUUGGUUAUUUCUUCCCUCGUGUACAAUUAUUUGUUAAAAAAAGAUCCUGGAAUUGCUAAAGUAUUUCAAACAAAAACACAUGCAAAUCCAUUACCAAAAGGAUCGCCAGGUAUUGAAGAGAUUUUCAAGCACUACCAAAAGAGUUCUCCGAAAAAAAUAAAUGUAAAAGCUGCAGGCAAACCGGUUAAAUCGGAUUCGAGCUCAGAUAGUGAAGAAGAUGAAGCAGAAAAGAAAAAACCAUUAGUUAAUGGAAAAGCUAAAGUACAGACUAACAAUAAACAAGCAGCAAAAUCGUCAUCUGAGGAUUCAAGUUCUGAGGAAGAAGAGACGCCUAAACCAUCUACAGUUAAGAAACCUGUAGCUGCUGCUAAAACUACGCCAGCUAAAGCCGCUCCAAAAAAAGCUGAAUCAAGUUCGUCGGAUGAUAGUUCAGAAGAUGAAAAACCUCAAGCAAAAAAAGUAACAACAGCAAUUCCUCAGGCUAAAAAUGUUGCGAAAAAAGAAUCAAGCUCAGAAGAUGAUUCAUCUUCAGAGGACGAAAAAGCUAAACCAGCUGUUGCAAAGGCUACUCCUGCUAAAGCCACUCCAGCUAAAGCUACUCCUGCUAAAACCGCUCCCGCUAAAAAAGCAGAAUCUUCAAGUGAUGAUUCAUCUUCAGAUGAUAAUGAAUCAAAGACAAAAGCAGUUGUCGCGAAACCAACACCAGCGGUAAAAACUUCAGCGAAAAAAGAAUCGAGUUCUGAUGAAGACAGCAGUGAAGAUGAGGCGCCGGUGAAAACUGUCGCACGUAAACCUGCUGCACAAGUUACACCGAAAGCUACUCCCAAGAAGGAAGAAUCAAGUGAUGACUCUGAUGAUUCCUCAGAAGACGAGAAACCAGCUGCUAAGGCAGCGGUAAGUAAACCAACAACACCAGCGAAGACACCAGCAAAGAAAGCGUCGUCGAGUGAAGAAAGCAGCAGUGAUGACGAUGAUGAGCCACCGGCAAAGAAAGCAGUACCAGCUAAACCAGUUGCAGCUGUUCAACAAAAGAAAGCUGCUGUAAACAAAAAGGAAGAAUCUGAUAGCAGUGAAGACAGUAGCGAGGAAGAAGAAAAAUCCCCGAAAAAACCAGUAGCUAAAGCAACUCCAGCUAAAGCAACCCCGGCGAAAGCUGCUGAGUCUUCGAGCGACUCAGAUUCUUCUGAAGAAGAAACUAAACCUGCACCUAAAGCAACAACGCCCGUUGCAAAGAAAGCUGCCAAAUCGUCAAGCGAAGAUUCCGACAGCUCUGAUGAGGAACCAGCUAAACCAGCAGUAGCAAAGGCAACGCCCAAGACACCAACACCGGCGAAACAAACUAAACCAGCCGAAUCAUCGAGCGACGAUUCCUCGUCCGAAGAAGAAAAACCCAAAAAAGCACCUGCUAAAACUCCUGUAGCUAAAACACCAGUUAAAAAGGAAGAAUCUAGUUCAGAGGAAGACUCCGAUGACGAAGCCCCUAAAAAAACACCAGUUAAAAAAGAAGAGUCUAGCUCCGAAGAAGAGUCUGAUGAAGAGAAAAAACCACAGGCUAAGCUAAAGGUAACUGGCAAAGCUGAGAAAAGAAAACAUGAUGAUUCAAAGAACGAACAGCAAAAUGGCAUAGCAACGCCGGCCAAGAAAGCUAAUUACAGCAACUUUGUAAAAGCCAGCGGCGAUGCAAGUGCAGAAAAGUCACGAAAAAAUGUACCUUUCCGACGAGUCAGGGAUGAUGAGAUCGAGUUAAGUCCACAGUUGGCUAACAAUUCAUUUGAAGCAAAGAGAGGUGCAAGAGGAUCAUGGGGAGAAAAAGCUAACAUUGAUUUAAAACAUACGAGAGGAAAAUCAUUCCGCCAUGAAAAAACUAAAAAAAAACGCGGUAGUUAUCGUGGUGGACAAAUAGACAUGUCUGUAAAUUCAAUCAAGUUUGACGAUUAAACUUGUAGUAAUAUAACUUUAUAUCUAUGACUUUUACCUUUACCGCGAAACAAAAAAAAUAAAUAUGUUUUAUAUCACAAUUCAUUUCAUAAAAUAUUGUAAUAACAAAUAUUUUUUUUUUACUUAUAAAUACUUUAAUACAAUUAUAUUUUAAAUACUUUGAGUUUAAAGAAUCUUAUAGUUAAAUUUAUGUGUAGUAAAUAAUAUUCUGCAUCGUCGGAGUAAUGAUGCAACAACUUCUUUAACAAUCAUAUGAAGUUAUAAGUAAUUAUAUCAAUUAUAAUAUAAGAUUAUCCGUUUGUUUGUUAAAUAAUAAUAUUAAUAAUUAAUCUUCAACAUUCAGAUGACCCAUUAUUGAUUAUUUUUGUAAUUUUCGCCAUGAAAAUUUUAUUUAAAAAAAUGAUGUUGAAAGAAAAAAAAGAUGACUAUAAAUACGAAUGACUUAUAGUUGUAACGAUAUCACAUUGAAUAAUAAUAAUAAUAAUAAUAAUAAAAAAAUUA